UUCCCUGUCCAUGUGGUCUCUGCCUCAAGCCCUGGGCAGCUUGCGAUUUCAGGUGUCUUAUGCGGCCUCUCUUUCCACUCUCUGGGUUGUGGAAGUGGCCUUUUUUCCUCUUGCUUCGGACCGCACGCGGUUGACCGCUCCGAAAUUCUUGCGAAGCUGUCGGAUUCCCAGGACGGUGCUGGGGACGCAGUCGGCGCCGCCCUCUGUACCAGUAGGCCUAUUCCUGUGGUAGCAUCUGGUUGGGAAAUGGUCGUGCUUUCUGUGCCCGCCGAAGUGUCUGUGAUCCUGUUAGAUAUCGAAGGUACCACAACUCCGAUUGCUUUCGUGAAGGCUGAAGAGGACUCCCACCUGGUUGGGGCUGUUCCGAUCCCUGCUGCAUCUGAGAAUGGGGCAGAUGACCUGCAACAGACGAUCCAGGCUGUGGUAGAUAAUGUGUGCUGGCAGAUGUCUCUGGACCGAAAGACCACGGCGCUGAAACAGCUGCAGGGCCACAUGUGGAGGGCAGCAUUCACAGCGGGGCGCAUGAAAGCAGAGUUCUUUGAAGAUGUAGUUCCAGCAGUCAGGAAAUGGAGAGAGGCUGGAAUGAAGGUGUAUGUUUAUUCUUCAGGGAGUGUGGAGGCACAGAAACUUUUAUUUGGGUAUUCAACAGAGGGAGAUAUUCUUGAGCUUAUUGAUGGUCACUUUGACACCAAGAUUGGACACAAAGUGGAGAGCGAGAGUUAUCGAAAGAUUGCAGACAGCAUUGGGUGCUCAACCAACAACAUCUUGUUUCUGACAGAUGUUACUCCAGAGGCCAGUGCUGCUGAGAAAGCAGACGUACAUGUAGCUGUGGUGGUAAGACCUGGCAAUGCAGGACUAACAGAUGAUGAAAAGACUUACUACAGCCUCAUCACAUCCUUCAGUGAACUGCACCUGCCUUCCUCAACCUAGAGGAGGACUUCUAAGGAAGUCCAGACUAUCUUCACAGAGUUGUCCGUGAAGUCUAGUUUUAUUCUAAUGGUAAAAGUAACUUUUAUGUAUGCAAGUAUAUUAUGCGUAUGUUCAGAUUACCUCUCACAAGCACAGAAGUGGAGGGAAAAUCUCAGUUCAGUGAAAAGGAAACUAAAGAUGCUUUAUAUGUAAAAAUUGUUUGAAACUACAACUCUUACACUUACUGAGGGCAAAAUGUAGUUGAGAGAAGAAGUUACUAUAAUACAUCCAGUGUGUUAUAUUUAUCAAGUUAUGUAUUAAAGUGGAAAGACAGGUUUGAGAAGUUAUUCAAAAGCCUUGGUAUUUUAAAAAAUGGAAGUAUUUCAAAGACUUAUUCCUAAUAAUAAUUCAGCCCUCUUUCAAUUAUGAAUUAGAAGAUUACAGCAGCUGAAUUUCAAAAUAUUAGCUGCCUACAUACAAAAGACAAAUUUAUUUGUCUCUUGUUUAUGCUCCAAAAGAGACAAAAUUGGGAAAGGAAGCUUAUCUGCGUCCUGAUCAAACAUCUGUUACUUAAAAAACUUGCAAAUCAUUGUGGCAUCCUCAGUUGCCUUAUCAGUGAAAAAGGUGCACUGAUGUAACAGGUACAAUGGAAAUGUGGUUCCUAACAUCUUAACAUUCUUAAGAAAGCAGUUCUAAUCCUACCAGUUGUUAGUGCUAUAGAUUUCAUAGUUGCCUUUCUAACUCCUCCUUAGCACAGUUUGAGAAUAUAUGUUAAUGCUGUUUACUAUUUAAAAAAAAAACUUGACUGAAAUCAGUUUUAUAUAAGACCUAGAAGAAUUCUACUAUGUACUAUUUUCCUUGAAAUGGAUGUGAGAAAUAAAAUUUUAUAGCAGCAUCAUUUUUCCUGGUUCAAUUCUAAUGGGAUGUCAUGUUAAUUUCAUGUUUUGAUUA